GAAUUAUGCCAUCAGUGGCUGAGGCCAGACAUCCACUCAAAAGAGCAGAUCUUGGACCUGCUGGUGCUCGAGAAGUUCCUGACCAUUCUGCCCAGGGAAAUCCAGGACUGGGUGCAGAGACGUCAUCCAGAGAACAUCAGACAGGCUGUGGUCCUGCUAGAAUGCUUGCAGAGAGAAUCAGAUGGAACAAAGAAUGAGAGAAAAUGCAAAGAUAGAAAUCCACUUAGACAGGGACCCAAGUUAAGAGAGCAAGCUAACAGAAGCAGUGUGACAAUAGACGGCCUUCCCAAAGCUGCUAGUGGCUUCAACAGGUUAAAGUUCGAAAAUGACACCAGAGAAGAUCAGCCUAAAUCAGCUUCAGCAUCAGAAAUUCCAGCACCAGAAGGCCAAGCAUCAAACAAGACCAGAAUGAAGGUUGUCCAGAAAACAUCAGCCAAGGAGAAUUAUAGUGAUACUUGCAGCUUAGAGAAGCAGGGUCAGGGAUUUCCAAGGAAAAAGGGAAAGAAACUUUCAACAUGUAAACAAAAGCUUCCAGAACUUAUCGAUCAUCACAGGAAAGGUGACACAGGGGAAAAACCAGGUAAGAGUCAGGAAUGUGAGAGAAGCUUCAGAGUUAGCUCUGACCUUAUUAACCAUCAGAGACUUCACAAGGAACAGAAGCCCCAUAAAUGUGAACAAUGUGAUAUGAGGUUUGGACGGAGUUCAGAUCUUAGGAGGCACGUCAUGGCACAUCAAGGAAUAAAACCAUACACAUGUUCAUCAUGUGGGAAAAGCUUUGUUUCUAGUGGGAAUCUAUACACACAUGAAAGAAUUCACACAGGAGAGAAGCCUUUUAAGUGUGAUGAAUGUGGAAGACGUUUUACUCAGAAAUAUCACCUUAUUGAGCACCACAGAACCCACACAGGUGAGCAGCCUUUUAGCUGUAGCACGUGCAAGAGAAAAUUUAGUGCAAGGUCAAGCCUUCUUAGACACCAGAAUGUGCACAGAAGGGAAGCAUGUCCAGUCUCUCCAGUCUGA